GUCGGCUCUAUCCAUUGUUACCGUACUUGUGCGCCCAUCGUCUUACCCCAUCCUCUUGACAACCUCAAGACGAGUCUCCACUCUACCUCAUUCUAAAGCCUACAUACCUCCGACAUCCACUUCGUUCACUCGAUAAUUCGUCGCGACGUCUGUUGCAGGCAAUCCAAUGUCAUUUAUGUUACUGUUACGACUCGAUGCGCGCAUCCGUUUUGUAACCCGGGAGACUUAAAGCCUUGUCUCUCAUCAUUCAGCGUCCAUUUCUUCGUGAUAAAUAUUCUUCCCGAGUUCCUGGAUACGCGUCAACGGUGCAGACAGUCAGGCGCCCCUUUGUUUUUUGUGGCACCUGCCCCCUCUUAUUGAAUCAAACCACCACCACCUUGCCUCUCCCACCUACCCCCUCAAAUGCGUUCCGCAUGGCUGAAAGCUUUACACUCACUUAUAUUUCUUCCGCUCGUUUUUGCUGCGUCUGCAGAAGAAUGGUCUAGCAGGUCCAUUUAUCAAAUUGUCACAGACCGUUUUGCCUUGUCCACCAACUCUUCUGCGCCGUGUGACACGUCGAAACGGACAUACUGUGGAGGUACAUGGGCGGGAGUCACCAAUCACCUCGACUACAUCCAGGGCAUGGGCUUUGAUGCGUUAUGGAUCUCACCGGUGGUGGAAAACAUGGAUGGAACGGCCUAUGGUGAUGGGUAUCACGGAUACUGGACGCAAGACCUCAAUACCAUCAGUCCUCACUUCGGCACGAGUGACGAUCUGCAUUCCUUGAUCAAUGCGGUACAUGCUCGAGGGAUGUACAUCAUGUUCGACGUCGUUGUGAAUCAUUUCGCUUCCGUGCCGACCAAUACAACCCCCGGCUUCACGUUCGACUACUCGAAACUAGCUCCGUUCAAUAAUCAGGCACAGUAUCAUCCGCUAUGCUUCAUUUCGGACUACACGAACCAGACAAAUGUUGAGCAAUGCUGGCUGGGCGAUGCUGCUCUGCCCUUGCCGGACAUCAAUACGGAGGAUAGUAACGUUGUGACCACUCUGAAUACCUGGAUCAAGAACCUUGUGUCGACCUACAACAUCGAUGGCUUACGAAUCGACACGGUCAAGCACAUCCGGCGGGACUUUUGGCCCAGUUUCUGUUCGAACGCCGGUGUAUUUACUCUGGGGGAGGUUCUUUCUGACGAUCCCAACUUUGUCGCUCCCUACAUGAGCUCGGUAGAUGCUGUGCUCGACUACCCGACCUGGUACAACCUUCGCAGCGCCUUUGUGAACACGACUGGCAAUCUCUCUGCUCUGACAAACUCGCCAUCCUUGUAUCGUCUCUCCAACUCGUCGACAACUUCGCCUGUGCGCACAGCUGCUUUUCUGGAGAACCAUGACCAAGCCCGAUUCGCGUCUUCUACAUCGGAUAUCUCUCUCACGAAGAACGCCAUGGCGUGGCCGUUCGUUGGGGACGGGAUCCCGAUCAUGUAUUACGGACAAGAGCAGGGCUAUGAAGGAGGCUCGGACCCUUCGAAUCGCGAAGCCCUGUGGCUCAGCGGAUAUGCGACAGGCAAGCCCCUUGUUGCACAUGCGAAAUCCUUGAACGUCGCUCGCAAGCUUGCCAUCGCAGGCAAUGCCAGUUUCCUGUCUGGCGAGGCGACGUGGAUCCCGCAGUCGGACCCGAGUUCUAUCAUGCUCUCAAAACCACCGAUGCUGUCGCUGUUUACGAACAUUGGGACCGCGUCGUCUCGUCAACCAACAUGGACCAUCCCGGCCAGACUGUAUCCUGUCAACAGCACUCUGGUAGACACCCUUUCUUGCCGCAAAGUAGCCGUCAAUGGCACAGGCGGAGACACCUCUGUGACUGCUGUGCAAGGCUUGCCCCAGGUUCUUAUUCCAUUGAGCAUGCUCACUGCCCAGGCCGGGCUCUGUCCCUCGCUCGUAACUUCAGCCCAAAGCGCAGCACCACCGAGUCACCGGAUCUCUCUCUCACUUUUGGUAUCCACACUGUCUAUAUUAGCGUAUUCGUUAGAGCUCUAAUAGCGUAAUUCUGGAAUGCUACAGACCUGUUCUUGAAAAGGAAA